CUUAGUACCGCGUUCUGGGCCAGGUAGCCUGGGAAAUAUAGUUGUGUGAUUCCGGGGACUGCAGGGCCAUGGAGGGGAGGGGAUGGGCCGGGAGAGGAACUAGGCUGGCUGGUUGCUUCUUGCUUCUCCCAUCAAACAGCGAGCCUCAGGCCUCGGCGAGACUUUGCUGCCCGGGGCAUUGACCUCAUCCCCAGCCAGCCAGCCCUCCUGGCCCUUAUCGCCUUGCUCCUUGGAGUCAGCCCGCCAAGGAGACCCGCGACGGGGCCCAUGUUUCAUCCGGGGUUCGCGCAGCGGAGGCGGGAGCCACGCAUGCGUCUUUGUGCCCUGUGAUUAUUUGUCGACUCCUUUGCUUAGAGUAGCGCCAUUUUGCAGUACGGAAGCUAUAAAGCGACACAGACUGGAACCUCUUCCUGAAAGCUGCUUCCUGCUUCCGGAGACGUGUCGCGUUUGUUUUUGUUUGGGAAGAACUUACCCUGAAAUAGGAAGAUUUAAAGAGACAAUUUGAUUGUUUUUCUUAAUGGUGUCUGGAACUGGCUCUGGUCGCUGCAGGACCACCAGGGGCUUGGCUUCCUAGUCUCAUUUUCCUAGAUUUCCCAAAAGCCAUGUCUGGGUCUUCCCUCAUUAACUUUACCCCAGCCACUGAUCCCAGUGAUCUGUGGAAAGAUGGGCAGCUGCAAUCACAGCCUGAAGAGCUGGAGCCCAUCCUGGAUGGGGCUGCAGCCCGGGCUUUCUAUGAAGCCUUGAUUGAAGAUGAGAGCGGCACCCCUGAAACCCAGAGAGCUCAGCCUGGGCCUGCCAGGAAGAGGAAGAAAAGAAGAAUGACGAGGGAGACUGCAGCAGGAGCAGCAGGAGGACAUGGACAAAGGAGAUCCCUUGACGCAAAGGACAAGACGACCCAGCAGAUACUGAGGGCAGCCCAGGAGGGGGACCUGGCAAAACUAAAAAGGCUGUUGGAUCCCCGUGAGGCAGGGGGAGCUGGAGGGAAUAUCAAUGCUCGGGAUGCUUUCUGGUGGACCCCUCUGAUGUGUGCUGCCCGAGCAGGCCAGGGGGCAGCUGUGCGCUAUCUCCUGGGCCGUGGGGCUGCCUGGGUAGGGGUCUGUGAGCUGGGGGGCAGAGAUGCUGCUCAGUUGGCUGAAGAAGCAGGUUUCCCUGAGGUGGCCCGCAUGGUCAGAGAGAGCCCUGGAGAGACAAGGAGUCCAGAGAACCGGUCCCGAUCCCCCUCCCCCCAGUACUGUGAGACUUGUGAUGCCCACUUUCAAGACUCUAACCACUGUACAUCCACUGCUCACCUGCUGUCGCUGUCCCGGGAUCUCCGGCCCCCCAUCCUACCACUUGGGGUCUCUACCUCCAGCCCAGGCUUCAAGCUGCUGCUGAGGGGGGGCUGGGAGCCUGGAAUGGGGCUAGGACCCCGGGGUGAGGGCCGUGCCAACCCUAUCCCCACUGUCCUCAAGAGGGACCAGGAGGGGUUAGGCUACAGACCAGCACCUCAGCCCCGAGUUACACAUUUCCCAGCUCGGGAUAUACGGGCAGUGGCUGGGAGGGAGAGAGCCCCUAGGGUGACCACACUGAACCGCAGGGAGGAGAAAAGGCAGGAAGAGAAGGACAAGGCCUGGGAGCGGGAUCUGCGGACAUACAUGAACCUCGAGUUCUGACUUGGGCAAGUUCUGACCUUGGUGUGUUGCUGAAGUCUGAACUUGGGCGCCGAACUUAGACACUUGGGCUUCUACUUCCUGAUGUCUGCCCAGGUUCCACACCUUCUGGUUUUGAUCAGUGGACUCUGCCUUCAGUAGAAAGAAGCCAAAAAUUGAGAAAUAAAAUCAAGCUUUUCUCCC